AACAGAAUUUCAAGAAUAUACUCUCCCCUAUUUAUAGGCAAGAGGUCCUGUGUAAACUCCGUCUUCUUCACUUCUUCUUACACACACAGAGAGAAGAUUGAAACAUGAAAUUCAAACCCGUUUCUGACUAUUUCCUCCUUUCUCUGCCCCUUCUGUUCUUGCUAUUUCACAAUCGCGCUGAAGCACGGCUCCUCUCCCUCUCCCUCUCCAGACCGAAGCCAGAUGCCGCCGCCUCCUUCGCUCGGUGGUUGGUUUCUCAGAGUUCCUGGGGCGUUCUAAAUACCCUUUCAAGUGAUUUGGGAGGUGCACCUUUUGGGAAUGUGGUUUCAUUUAGUGAUGGGUUACCUGACGAAGGUCAUGGGAUUCCAUACUUCUAUUUGACUACUCUUGAUCCAACAGCGAGUAAUGCAUUGAAAGACCAAAGGUCUUCUCUUACAAUUAGUGAAUACCCAGUUGGAACUUGUGGCAAAUCAGAUCCUGAGAACCCCACCUGUUCAAAAAUUACCCUCACGGGAAAGUUGAAGGUAGUUGCUGGGAACACCGGUGAAGCUGAAUUUGCUAAAAAGGCCUUGUUUACGAAGCAUCCUGAGAUGAAGGGUUGGCCCAAGGAUCACAAUUUCCAGUUCUUUAAAUUAGAAAUUGAGAAUAUAUUUCUGAUAAACUGGUUUGGUGGUCCUAAACCUCUUACAGUGGAGCAGUACCUGCAGGCUGAAAUGAACAAACUCUCCUUUGCUGCGCGAAUAACUUUCUGAACUCCAUCCCUCUGAUGAACUUCUGUGUUCAAUGUGAAGUCUCCAGUGUGCAUAAUGUACCAUAUGUAAAUAAGUGUAUGAUAACAUUUGUAUGCAUGUCAAUUGUUUCGUGUAACUCGCCCGCCUAUUGUCAGGGUAUAUAAUGCAAACGAUCAUAGACAAAUGUAAGCCUGAAGAAAGGGUCAGCAAAAAUAAAAUUUCUGUUAUUGGGAUGUACAGGGAUUUUUGUUUGCUCACUUUAAAUGGAUUGAAAACCUCAUUGACAAAGAA